AAGGGGAAAGCAUGAAUGAGGUAAAGGACGCCCUCAGAGGCAUAGAACAGAACUACAAGCUCUUCCUGCAGCAGCAGUUUACCUUCAUCGGAGCACUGCAACACACCCGAGAGAACGCGCAUGACAUGAUCAGACCUGUGGCAAGCAUCAGCCAGGUACAGUCCUACAUGGACCAUCACUGUAACAAUUCCACUGACAGGCGUAUCCUCAACAUGUUCCUAAACAUCUGCAAUGACCUAAGCAAGCUCUGCCAGAAGCUGGAAAGCGUGCAUCCUCGUAACAGCACAACCAACAACAUUCUAGAGAGGUGCAAGGUGCUCCUCAGCCACAGCAACGAUCUCAGCAGCAUCCGAGCCAAAUACCCCCACGAUGUUGUGAAUCACCUGAGCUGUAAUGAAGCAAAGAAUCAUUUUGGAGGGGUGGUGAGCCUCAUCCCCAUCGUUCUAGACUGCAUAAAGGAGUGGAUAACCCACACUGAGAAGCUGUCACGGGAGGUGCUGCAAAAUGGAAAUUAGCUCCUGCUCUUUGCUUCCUGCUGGAAAACACUCCUGAAUAAACAAUUUCCCCU